UAGUGGUUGUAACUGUCAAUUAUUUGUGAAAUACAGUUGGAUGCAUCUGGUAGACCAGAUGAAAGUCUUGCAGUUGAGUUUGUUGGGCCACUACAGCCCAGUAGUGAAGAUGGUCUGCAAAGUGGGAAAUUGUUGUCCAUUUCCCUUCAGAAAGGGCAAUUGAGGGCUAACAUUUGUUUCCAACCAUUUCAUUCUGCCAACUUGGAGGUACGGCAUUUUCCACUUGAUGAAUUGGAGCUUGCUUCUCUUAGGGGAACCAUACAGAGGGCAGAAAUUCAGCUUAAUCUUCAAAAGAGAAGAGGACAUGGAGUCCUGUCUGUACUUCGGCCAAAAUUCAGUGGUGUGCUUGGUGAAGCCCUAGAUGUGGCAGCUAGGUGGAGUGGAGACGUUAUCACUAUUGAAAAAACUGUUUUGCAACAAAACUACAGUUAUUAUGAACUUCAAGGUGAAUAUGUGUUGCCUGGUACCCGAGAUCGUAGUUCUGUUGACAGAGAAGGUGGCCUUAUAAAAAGGUUAAUGUCUGGUCAUAUUGGCAAUGCUAUAUCCUCUAUGGGCAGGUGGAGAAUGAAACUUGAAGUUCCUAGAGCAGAGGUUGCCGAGAUGCUUCCCCUUGCAAGGCUUCUUUCUCGAAGUUUGGAUCCUGCUGUUCGUUCAAGAUCUAAGGAUUUCUUCAUUCAAAAUUUGCAGUCAGUGGGAUUAUACACUGAAAGCCUUCAACAACUGCUUGAGACAGUGAGGGGGCUUCAUGCUCCAUCAAAUGAUGUCGUUCUUGAAGAUUUAAGUCUGCCUGGUUUAUCUGAACUCAAAGGUCACUGGCAUGGAUCUCUUGAUGCCAGCGGUGGGGGAAAUGGAGAUACCCUGGCAGAAUUUGAUUUUCAUGGAGAGGAUUGGGAGUGGGGAGACUACAAAACUCAGCGUGUGUUGGCAGUGGGUGCUUACAGUAAUGAUGACGGCAUGCACCUGGAGAAAAUUCUUAUCCAGAAGGAUAAUGCCACCAUCCAUGCAGAUGGAACAUUGCUAGGGCCUAAAACCAACCUCCAUUUUGCAGUCUUGAAUUUUCCUGUUAGUCUUGUUCCAACUGUAGUUCAGAUCAUUGAAUCUACAGCAAUGGAUGUUGUUCAUUCUCUACGGCAGUUAUUGGCACCCAUUAAGGGUAUAUUGCACAUGGAAGGAGAUCUUAGAGGAAGUUUAGCAAAACCAGAAUGUGAUGUGCAAGUAAGACUACUUGAUGGUUCUGUUGGUGGUGUUGAUCUUGGAAGAGCUGAAGUUGUUGCCUCUCUAACCUCAACCAGUCGUUUUCUUUUCAAUGCCAAAUUUGAACCUAUAACCCAAAAUGGGCAUGUACUUGUUCAGGGUAGUAUUCCUGUUGCGUUUGUACAAAAUAACACAUUACAGGAAGAUGUAGAAUUAGAUAAGAAUCAGAUUACUUGGAUUCCUGAUUGGGUGAAGGAGAAAAAUAGAGGGAACGCUGAUGAUGCUGGUGACAAGAAGGUUAGUAGAGAUAGAAAUGAAGAAAGUUGGAAUACUCAACUAGCAGAAAGCCUUAAAGGACUAAAUUGGCAAAUUUUGGAUGUUGGAGAAGUCAGGAUUGAUGCUGAUAUAAAAGACGGGGGAAUGACAUUGGUUACAGCUUUAUCUCCACAUGCCAAUUGGCUUCAUGGAAAUGCGGAUUUGAAGCUUGAGGUCAGAGGUACAGUUGAUCAGCCGGUACUUAAUGGACACGCAUCAUUCCACAGGGCAUCUAUUUCUUCACCAGUGCUACGAAAACCACUUACCAACUUUGGUGGAAAUGUUCACGUGCAAUCAAACAGGUUAUGCAUCACCUCACUUGAGAGUAGGGUAAGCAGAAAAGGAAAGCUUCUUGUAAAAGGGAAUCUGCCACUCAGAGCAAGUGAAGCAGCCCCAGAUGACAAGAUUGAAUUGAAGUGCGAAGUUUUAGAAGUACGGGCACAAAAAAUAUUAAGUGGUCAGGUUGAUUCUCAGUUGCAAAUAACUGGUUCAAUAUUGCAACCGAACAUAUCUGGGAACAUAAAAAUAAGUCAGGGAGAAGCAUAUUUGCCACAUGAUAAAGGUGGUACUCCUGCUUCUAAUAGAUUUCCGUCCAAUCAUUCUGGGCCUCCUACUGCUGGUGUCAGUCGUGUGUUUGCUUCAAGAUAUGUAUCACGAUUUCUCAACUCAGAAUCUGCUUCUUCAAGGACGACAGUGUCUCAGUCCUCUGGCUCUGUGACGGCUAACAAGUCAACUCAGGUUGAAAAACAGAUGGAGCAAGUGCAGAUUAAACCAAAUGUAGAAAUCUGUCUCAAUGAUUUGAAGCUUGUUCUUGGACCAGAGUUGAAGAUAGUUUAUCCUUUGAUUCUUAAUUUCAGUGUAAGUGGAGAGCUUGAGUUAAAUGGUCGGGCCCAUCCCAAAUGGAUAAAACCUAGAGGCAUACUAACAUUUGAGAAUGGUGAAGUCGAUCUAGUUGCAACACAGGUGAGACUAAAUCGAGAGCACUUAAACAUUGCAAAAUUUGAGCCUGAGUAUGGACUAGAUCCUAUGCUUGAUUUAGCUUUGGUGGGAUCUGAGUGGCAGUUCAGAAUUCAAGGUAGAGCUAGCAAUUGGCAGGACAAACUUGUGGUGACCUCAACUCGUUCUAUGGAACAGGAUGCACUCUCACCCACUGAGGCUGCCAGAAGGUUUGAGAGUCAGUUGGCUGAAUCCAUUUUGGAAGGCAAUGGUCAGCUUGCUUUUGAAAAGCUUGCAACUGCAACUCUGGAAAAAUUAAUGCCACGAAUAGAAGGGAAGGGCGAGUUUGGCCAGGCUAGGUGGAGACUAGUAUAUGCACCUCAGAUACCCAGUUUAGUUUCUGUUGAUCCUACAGCAGAUCCUCUCAAGUCACUUGCCAGUAAUAUAUCGUUUGGUACAGAAGUUGAAGUUCAGCUUGGUAAACGUCUUCAGGCCACCAUUGUUAGGCAAAUGAAGGAGUCUGAGAUGGCAAUGCAAUGGACACUGAGCUAUCUUCUUACAAGUCGUUUGCGAGUGCUCCUCCAAUCUGCUCCAUCUAAACGCCUUCUCUUUGAAUACUCUGCUACAUCCCAAGAUUGAGCUGCAUCCAAUUAAUAUUUGCAACUACAUCCCUCACACCAACCCAUCCACCCACCCAACCACAGAACUGCAUCACUGUUAAUAGUAGAAAAGAGGAAAUGUGUUCUGAAACCAUUGUUAAAAAGAACAGCUUAAACACACUUCAAAUUUUUUCCCUUGCAUAUUAUGUGAGGGAAGGGGGUCUUUGGGAUGCUUUUUGAAUGUGAAAAAGGUAGUAUAGAUGCAUAUUUUUUGCUCAAAUUGAGCCUGUUUAUAUGUAGAUGCUUAAUUCAUGAAUAUUUCAGCCAGUAGUUUUGUACAUAAAUUCAACUUCAAUGAAAGUAUUAUAGCAUAUUGUUUGACA